UAGUGACCAACAGCAAAAAUCGACGAAGUCUCUUACCAAUGGAAUGUCCGUAUUUGAACCGAGGAGCUUUACUUGCGACAAUUGGAGCCCAACCUGCACCAGCGAAACAUUUUACUUUGAGAAGAAAACCAAAAUCUGCUGCUUUAAAGGCAGAAUUAUUUCAAAAAGGUAUGGUAUGGUCACAUAGCAGUGGCACAUCAGGAAAUAUUUUGUAUUUAUAGAAUAUACACAAUAGUGGACAGUAUAUUUUGAUAUUAUUCUCAAUAUUUUGCUUUUAAUUAACAUUCAGUAUUUAUUACCCCGCUUUAAAGCGCAUAUACACUUGCAAACGGAGGUUCACCUUCUCAAGGAAAACGUUCAUAUCAUGUUUAAAUCAUACCAUAAUGGCACAUUUGCCUUUUUAAGUAGGUUGGCUCUAUAACGCUGGAUUAAAGCAUUCUGUAAAUAAACUCUAUAAACUUAUUGACCAUACAUGCAGUAGUAGCGUCUGGGCUUAAUUUGGUACAUUUAACUUUAUACAUUUAAUGGGCUUGGUAGUUCUGGGCGUUCGCAUAUACGUACGUGGAUAGACUGUCUGACUGUGGGUAAUACAGUACAUUAUUUUAUAUUUUUAAUACAGUAGAUCACGAAAAGUUUAAUCUUUUCACUAUCUAUAUACAGUAUAUAGAUGACUCGUCAUCUCGAGGGAAGUUAAAGAAACUAGGUUGGAUUUCUGUAAAUUAAUUAUUGAUCUUUUCAAUAUAAAUUAUCCAAUUUUGUUGUUUCCAGCAACAGAAUCAUCAUCUGGUCUCAAACGUUCUCAUUCCAUGCUCGCUGGAUCAACUAACGCUGGGAGUUUGAAGAGAUCUGACAGCACUGGUAUGUUGGAUAUCAUUAAAUACUCAAUACUCGGGAGGUAGAUAAUGCUUUUCGCGCAAUUUGAUUGGUUACUCAGCUCUGGAUAUCCUCGCACUAUUCACCUCCAGACAAAAACAAAAUGUCUUCCCGUCUCGUUCCGAGCAAAUAUUUGUACUAAACGAAGCUGCGCUUUCGCCAAACAUAAAGUCAAGAAAGGCACAAAGUUUUGUUUAACAAUUUGUAGAGGUAUUCUUUAAAGCUGUUUCUAAUUUACAAAUGGUAUACUUUCGUCGUUUUUUGAUCAUUUUUGUUUUUUAUGGUAUAUACUAAAAACAUUAUUCACCAAAGUAGAGGCGAACGCCAGUGCGUUAAUUGCUCAAUCUAUUUGUAUAGAAUAUGUAAUUGCUCAUUUCAAACACUCAUUAAUAAUUCAUAAGCUUAUUGACAAAUCAUGUCGACCAUAAUAUGUCGCGUGCAGUGGCUUUAAACCUGAUAAAACACUCCUAAUUAGUAUUUUUAAUAUAAAGAAUAUAUACUAAUAAGACAGUAUCUAUUGUUAUUUAUUAGUCGUGUCCUCAUUAGUAUUCUUUAAAUAAAGAAUACUAAUAAAGUUAAUAAGGCAGUAUAUCUAUUGAAUUUGUAGUCGAGUUUGAAGCCGUUUAAUAAACUUGCAGGACGUGUUUUAUUAGGUCUAAAGCCACUCGCGCUGGCGCUCAUGGCUUUAAACAUAAUAAAACACUCUUGCACGUUUACAUAAUGCUAUCUGUAAGAUAAUCAAAACGCAUAUAAUUAAUAAUCAGUAAUUGAUAAAGCCUCUUCCGCAGGUUUCGUCGGCGGAAGAAUCCCAGUAACCCAGGUAGCCCAUGCAUGAAAUGCUUUUGCAUGAGGGCUAUACGUAGUUAAUAAUCAAAUGAAUUUUAAUAUGAAUUUUGUAUUCAUACUGUAAUGUUCCAGGCGUGUGACAAUCUCUUAUCACGCUAAUAUUGUUAUUAACGAUUUUUUGAAGAUCGACAGUCAAACUGUGUGAACUGCAAAUUGGUAAUAACAUUAAACGUCUGGUGCAUACGUCUGGUGCAUUAAACGUCUGGUGCAUAUAUGAAUACUGAAAACAAUUUAAUGUAGUUACGAUGAUCUGAGGCUAAAACGUGCGCGAAUAAUUAAAUGAUAAGAUUUGUAAUCAAAUCAUAUAUAGUAUUUUACUAUUUUUACGUAAUACAAUCAUCCGGAAAGUAGGUCAUUUUGAGCCUCGUUUAUUGUACGCUAUUUGAGUACGCUAUUGAGCCUCGUUUUCGUGUAUGCUAGAUUAGUUAAAUCCAAUCCUCUGAAUCAGCUUAAAAUCGUAUUUGAAAUGAUUGAUAAUGUGUUUUCAGGUAAAUCACCAGUGAAACAAAACGUACCUUUGGCUCGAGUGCACAGUAAAACAGCGCCAACCACAGGCACCUCCGCUUUACGUGGUCUCUCUGCUGCGUCACUUAAACAACAAAAUAGAACAGCAAAGGUACUGUAAUUAUCCUAGUUUAUUCUUUUUUAUUCAUUUACCGAAGUAAAAGAUCUUGGUUUCUUUCGUUUCCGCACAGACAUAUUAAUUUUUGAACGAACACUUUAAUCUGUAAAAUAAAUGGUUUGAUUUACACUAUACUAGCAAUAAGACACUGUAUGGAGCGUUAAAUAGCUGGUUAUCUCACCGACAUGUUUAUUUAUUUAUUUAUUUAUUAAACUUUGCCAAAAACACUUAACAGAACAGCAAAUAGACAUCUAGACAAUAAACAUGGACAAGAAUGGCAGGGACACCACAACAGUGUAAACCAAUUACUGUGGGCCUUAUGUUACUGCAGCUUUGGUGGAACUAACAUUUCGCAUAUCAAACGAGUUUCAGCUUUCCAUCCAGUGUAGCUAUGAGAUCAGGCGGAUUUUCCAUUUUGUGCCUGGAAGUCCGCUGCAAAUCCCAAGAAAAAAAUAUAAUCGCUGUCUAUACGCCUGGCCGACUAAUACCGUUGCUGGAAAACGUGAUAAUUCUUAGGUUACCCCUGGUAUUCAAACUUUUUGUUUUACAUAAAGAAUUUCUUUGUUUUGCAAAUUAUUUUGAGCUAUGUCAAUAUAAUUUCUUUCGCCAUUCCCACGAUGUCGAUUUCAGAAAUAAGACUAUAAACAACCAGGCAGGCUCUUUACGUCUCGCGUGUGGAGGUGCAGAACGUGGCAUUAUGCGAGGUUGAUGAACAGCAAGCAGUAUAUUAUUGCAUUGACGUGUUAUUGUAAUUUACUUUUUAAUGCCCAUGCAUUGUCUGUAAAUCAUAAACAGUGUAUUCUUUGCAUGCAGAAAAAUACCAAAUCACUUCUAUGACCAAAUCUUGAUUGACAUUAGGUUGUGCCCAGACAGCAGUAGAUCUAAUUUUUUUCUCGUUUUCUGUGAAGUUGUUAGACAUUAAUGAACAACCCAUUGGAGGAGGAGUGAGAGAGGCCAAACGUAGAAAGAAGUUGAUUACAGGUAAAACUUACUUUUCUGAUUUUUUGCAUGUCUUCAUCAAAUUCAAAACAUACGCCACGAUAUUCGCACAAUAUAUACGGAAUAAUUUACAUCUUUGU